AAUAUGGUAAGAGUUCCUGGGAAGAUCCGGAUUGGAGGUCCACGGGGAGAUCCUUGGGUAGUUCUCGCAUCCUUCGAAGGAAGCGUCGUUGUGUGACUGUGGUCCUCGCUGCGAACUCGAGACUCCUUGCAGGACUUUCCCCUCGUGAGUGACGACAAGACUUCGGACUGAUUCUAGGAUUUACUAGUGAAAGAUCCCUGACGAGCGCCAGAAACCCGGCGUCGCCUCUUCUUCUCCCUCUGCCGAGGGACACCAGGACGGAGAGCGUCAGAAAGAAGGGCGGGAAAAUCCUCGCUCUGAUGCAAUACGAAAAAUAUUCGUAGUGUUUAUUGAUUCAUUCAUCUUUUAUAGCUUUCGUCAGCACUUUCUGUUAUCGCAUACGUCGUUACUGUGACGCAAACGUCUCCGGGGAGGCUCUUGAUGGCCCUUUCGAUGGCACGUGAAAAUAUUUACCUGUUUAUCUUGAGGGAUAUAGAUAAGGUGUCUGGGAUGCCUCUGGCGUUGGUUCACGUCGUAUAACCGAAGGAUAUUCGAUAGGAUUCUGUUAAGGACUUACGAGCUGUGGUAUCCGAGGCACGUCAAUCUCCUCACGAUGAAUGAGUCGUUUUUGAUAAGUCAUUUGCCGCUCAUUCUCAUUUUGCUGGCAGACGUCUGCCACGGCAAUACCUCUCCGAUGCUGAUAUCCAGCAAGUACUGGCACGUCUUCGAGGAUGACCCAGUUGGGUCAACGGUCACGCGCUUGAGAGCGCUGGAUUACGAGGGCGACCGCGUGACCUUCAGCCUGGAAAGCAAGUGGCCUGGUCAAGAUAUCCAUUCGUACUUCAGCUUGGACAAGCACUGGAGGGUAUUAGUGGCGAAGCCCCUGACAGGUCUGGCUGGCAGUGGGUCUAAAGACUACAUCCUGAGGGUCAGGAUGAACGACGGAGUGACGUCUCCAAUCGCCGAGAUCAGGCUUCAGGUUCUGAGGGUGGUCGAAGGAGACGGGGACGGCGACCGGGCCUCUGGUGCCAGAGGUCUCGGUGGCCGCCACAUUGCCGGAAAUAUGAAUUUCGGAGGAGGCUUCAAGAGUGACGCUCCAGUUGGGUACUACGGGAUUCUGAGUAAUUCGGGAAUCGGCAAUACGUUUGGAUUCAUUCCCUCUUUCCUAGGAUCGCACCCACCGCUGAUACAGGUGAACAAGACGUGGGUUGUGAGAGUGACGAGCCCAUCGGCACUUUAGUCGACACGAUCAAGGUCAUCCAAAUAAGAGGGAACAAAUACAACCUCACGCUUCAUGGAACCAGGGGUCUGCUGAGCGUCGAUCAGGCCACGGGAAGGGUCACAAUCGCUCGGUCUUUGCUCAACCAGGCAGGCGAUCUCACAGUCAUGGUGAUCGUCUCCAACGACUUCGGCGACUCCUCCGAACCUGUGGUUUUUCGGGUCCUGCCUCUCGAGACGACAACCACCGCGACUCCUCCCCCUUCUACCACUUCAACGAGAUCGAAGGCCUGGAAAGUGCCCAUUCCAGCACCCAUAGACGUUCAAGGACAGCUCAUUGUCUUUGAUGACAACGACGGAGGAGGAGAUCCAAAGGCUCAGUUCAACAAGGCUGCCAAGGCAUCUCAGUCACCCGCUUCAGACCAGCGACUCGCCGCCUAUACGCUGAUGUGCAUGAUCAUGAUGCCCAUUUUGGCGGUCAUGUGCAUCUCCUCUCUCAUGGUCGUGGGGUUCUUCUACCACCAGAGGAAGCAGUUGAGAAAGGCCCUGGCAGUUCUGGAGACGAGGUCCUUGUCUUACAUGCCCAAAUGACGGUGAAAUUCCAGUGAGAAACAAUCGGAGGAAGAGUAACAUAACUGUGAGUUGCGUUGUGGAAAGGUCAUUAUAGCUCUGUGUAGCGUAAUGCCAAAAGCUCAAGACAACAGACUGUCCUAGACUGUGCAACAAGCAAGGAAACAGACAGAAAAGUGUCUCAGCCUGUGUAAUAAAAAAAGGAACAGGCAGCAAAAGUGUCCUAGACUGUGUAACAAUUAAGGAAACACGGCAAAAAGUGUCCUAUAGAUUGUGCAACAGUGGCUCAAGGUACUAGCCUAUUUAGAACAGACUAGCCUAUGUUUCAAAGCAUUUCAACAUACACUGCGGUGAUGAAACUUUCACACUAAGUAAUCCAAAAGACUAUAUUAAUGACUAUAUACGCCCUUAAGUUUUAAAGAAAAUAUUGUUAUAGAACAGAUAUCUCUAUGCCUCAAAAUACAACAAAGCCUCUUACGAGCUAUUGGUUUCACGCUGAGUCUAAUAGAUAGUCGGGAUUUCUAUCUUUUCUCAUUUGUAAAUAGAAAUAACAAAAGCCCAGCCUUUCCUCCCGAAGAAAUUUCGAAAGAGACUCAAAGUAAAGUGUGAGAUCCUUUAGCUAUCCAUUUAUGUUCUCCUUUUCUCCUUUCUAUGAAAAUACAGUGCUAUUGUUGUUGCGGGUUUAGAAAAUAUUAAACUUCUCUGUUGAAGUUUAUUGUUUUUGUUCGUUUAAUAAUAAUGAUCAUUAUUUUAUCAUAUCGUUAUGCAUAUGGAUAGAAUAGCGCCCACAUGGUCACCUGAUUUUCAAAUCCAACUGACUGUGGCCCUGGAAUAUUUUCAAGACCACGAACCUCAAAAGUGGCAGUGACCAUCAAUAACUGAAUGCGAAUCUCUAAAUAUAUAGCAAUAAUUCCUAGUGAA